AUGCAUAUUCAUGUUUUAUGCCUUCUCUUCUUAAGUUUACUGGCCCUAAGUAAAGCCAACAUUCUACAAAGCACAGUCAAUGUUCAGAAAUUGCAAGGAAUUUUAGAAGAAGGCCUUAAGAGCAAAGAUAUUGGAGGUUUAUAUUUUGCUAUCAAAGGCCUAAAGCAGCUAAAUGCCAAGAUUCCCAAUGUUUGUGAAAAUCUGAAAACUUCAAAAUAUGAUGUUUCUAAUUUAGAGCAAGUUUUUUAUCUCACAAAUGCAGCAGCACUUUCAAACUGUCAAAAUAUCUUGACACCUGAUGUGUUGUCGACACCAACACUAACACUUGACAAGAAAGAUGUCAGUUUGCAAGAAUUGUACUAUGCAGUGUACUCUCUGAAAGCUCUUGGUAAAGGCACCAUUUAUGAUAAAGAGGAUGCUCUGAAAAAUUUAAUUCAGUUGUUAAAGAAUGAUGAUUCGCCGGUUAACUAUGCAUAUUUAUUCGCACUUUGUGAGCAUAUGGGAUGUGGAGGGACAUGGACUUCAUCACACGCCGAAGGCGUCUUGUUGACAGCUGAUGAAAGUGACUCCCGCGCAUUGUUCUUUGAAGGUGGUUUGCCAGCAACUGCACUCAUCCUCGGAACUAUUUCCAGAACAUACAAAAAUCUAAAGAAGCCUUCACCACUCAAAGAGGAACAACGUUACAAGUUUGCGAACUAUAUCACCGGUCGGUCAGUUAGUACUCCGCGUGGAGCUGCUUUACUGUUGGAGGCAGCUUUUGCAAUUGCCGAUGAGGAGCCGUCCCCAAUCAGCAUCUCCAUUAAGGGCAAGAAAUACGUCACCGCUGAGUCGGAUUCAGUGGAGUUCUCAGUUACGGACCUGGUGGGUCGCGCGGUGCGCGGCUUAAAGCCGGACGAGGUCAUCGCCCAGUCUGCUACCAGGCUAGCAGACGACGUAGUGGUGCUCUCCAAACAACCACUGGUCCAAAAACCCAACGACCCCGUUACAUUCGUCCUUAACCUGGCCAAGAUCAAGUCCCAAUACGGCAUGUACAAGAUUACCCUCAGCGCCGGCUCUAAGUCGAUGAACGUGAACGUAGCGGUGCUCGGUGAGAUUCAAGUCGGCAGCCUAGAGUUCGGCAUCGGAGAUGUUGAUGGAACGACCAGCCCGAAGAUCACCACACUCACGUAUCCCAACAGACUGACACAGAUAUUCCAAGCUGAUCACUUGCAAAAGGUGACCUUGAAGUUCAGCGUGAAGGAUAAAAACAACAAUCCAGUGAUAGUGCAGCAGGCUUUCGUCCGAGUGGCACCCGUCUCAAAUGACAACCUAGAGGCGAUCUUCGUGGCUGAGCCUAAUGCCAAGACAUACAGGGUAGAAUUGAACGUUGCUUCGAUCGCGCAGCACCUUAAUCAUGCGUCUGGCGCUCACACGCUGACCUUGUACCUUGGCGAUAGCACUAUCUCAAACCCCAUUGCCUGGGAGCUCGGCACGAUCACCCUAAACUUCGGCAAGGAGGCCAAGGCACUUGAUGGCGCUGCCGGCAGGCGGCGCGGCCCGUUGCCCGAGAUCGCGCACCAGUUCCGCGUGGCAGAGGCGCGCCCGCCGCGGCUGCUGUCGGACGUGUUCGCGGCGUGCUGCGCGGCGCCGCUGCCGCUGCUGCUGCUGCUGUGGGCGCGCCUGCGGCCCCGCAUCCAGCUGCCGGCCGCGCCCAGCGCCCUCGUCUUUCAUCUCGCGCUCGGGGGCUCGCUGGCCCUGUACGUGAUGCUGUGGCUGCAGCUGUCGAUGUUCGAGACGCUGCGCUACCUGGCGCCCCUCGCGCUGCUCACCUUCCUCUCGGGCCACCGUCUGCUGCGCCGCAUCGCGCACGACAAGGCGCAGCCGCGU